AUGGCCUUGCAGGUCGUCUUUCGCGUCAAUCCAGUCAUUUUGGAGCCAACAGGCAUCGCUGCGGACAAUGGCAAACAGCCAGAUGGGUUGUCUUUGAUCCCAUGGAGGAUGGGAUGGGCCUCAGAAUGGGAUGCUACUUGCAGGCUAUCAGGACUAGAAGCUAUGCAACAGGGGAACGUCAAAUCUCCUCUCGGGGACAAGGGCAAGAGACAUUAUUUACUUAAACCAGACCAGACCUACUGGUUGUCUGGUCUCCCACCGGGUCCGGGCGACGACGACUCCGGAGAUAUAUGUCGGAAGAUGCACUGA